UUCCGGCCAGAGACAAGCUGCUCCCCAUGUUUUCGGUUGGUGGACAUGGCUGACCUUUGAGGCCAGGAUGUGGCCGCUUCCUUCCUCCGCUGCUCUGCUGUUCCUCUUCUCCCGGCCGGCCAUCGCAACCGCAGCCUUGGCCUGUGAGUACCUCUUCCGGGAUGCCUUCCGGUGCUCAGGUCCGGCUGUCCAGGACCUGGCCGCGCUGGGCCUCCCCACCAACGUGACCCAGAUGCUGAUAACGGACACGAGGGCCACGGCGCUCCCGCCCGGCUUGUUCUCUGGCAUGACCGUCCUGCAGCGGCUCAUCCUCUCUUCCAACCGGCUCUCCACCGCUUCGCCCGGAGCCUUCCGUGGCCUCUCCAGGCUGAAGACCCUGAAGCUGGACAACAACCGCCUGGGGCAGUUGCCUGGGGGGCUCUUUGAGGGUCUGGCUUGCCUCCAGCAGCUGAUCCUGGAGAGCAACCAGCUGUCCACUCUCCCAUCGGUCAUCUUUGAUCCGCUGCUGGACUUGCAGGAGCUCUUCUUGAACAAGAACCUCUUGGCCCAGCUUCCCAAGGGGCUCUUCAGAAACCUGGCCAAGCUGAAAGUGCUCAACCUCUCCAGGAACCGGCUGGCAGCCUUGCCUGCAGACCUUUUCUUGCCCUUGUCGGACCUCCGGAGGGUCUUCCUCUACUUCAACCCACUCCCCUCCCUUCCCUUGGGACUCUUCUCUGGCCUGGGGGAACUGCUGGAGCUGCGGCUCCACUCCUGUGCCCUCCAGGCCAUCCCUCCAGGGGCCUUUGACCAUCUCCACAAGCUCCAGACCCUGACCCUCUCCAGGAACCGGCUUCCCUCCUUGCCCCCAGGGCUCUUCCUCUCCCUGGGCAACCUCUCCCUGCUGACCCUGCACCAGAACCCCUUGCGCUCCCUCCCAGCCAGGCUCUUUGGGGAGACCCCUAACCUCCAAAGCCUCUGGCUCUAUGAGACAGAGCUGCCCACCUUCCCGGCCACAACGUUCAGCAACCUGACUGGCCUGGAGAUGCUGGUGCUGACCCGGAACCCGCGCCUGAGUGCCCUCCCAAGAGAGGCCUUCUGGGGCCUCCGACGCCUCCAGACCCUUUCUCUGCACAGCAACAGCCUCUCCAGCCUGGCCAGCGGCACUUUUGCCGGGCUGGAGAACCUCCAGGAAGUCUCCCUCUUUGGCAACCGGUUUGAGGGCCUUCCUCGGGAUAUUUUCAGCCCCCUCAAUCGCCUGGAGACCCUCUACUUAAACAGCACAGGGCUGCACUCCCUUCCAGGGGAUAUUUUUGCCUCCUUGCUAGGGCUGAGGGCAGUCUGGCUUGACGGAAAUCCAUGGCACUGCCACUGCCGGCUGGGCCCCUUUGUGGCCUGGAUCCGGAAGAACCGGGGACUUGUGGGGAACACCACGGCCAUGACCUGCCAAGACCCUCCGGCCUUGCGGCACAUGCCUGUACUAGCCAUCCCGGAGGCCCAGUUUGUCUGCCUGGCCACCACAGACCCCACUUCCCAGACCCCCAAAGGCAGCACCCCAACCCCUUCUCCUUGGAUAACUGGACCAGUGGCUUCCACAUGGCCACUGACCCAGACCCAACUUCCGGCUACCUGGUCCGGCCCCCCUAUUUUCUCCAGCACAGAAGCUACCCUCAGAGAGAAGGAGACUGACCCCCGGUUGCCCCCAGCCACAUCACAAAUGCCUUCUUCCACAGAUCAGGGCCACCCCCCAGAUCCAGGGGCCACCCCCAAAGUCAGUAUCCCCCUGGCCAGGGGUCAGCGCUGGCGGUCUUUUGGCUUAAGGGGCCCCAUUGGUUGGGUUUUCUUCAGUCUCUAUCUCCUGGUGCUACUGACCCAGGCUUUUGCCAUGGCACUGUUGCUGUGCUCUGGCCUUUGCUUCAGGCGCAUCUGGCGCAGGAGGGGGGAUUGGGGCCCUGCCAGACCACUUCUUUUGGGCUCAGCCUCGGGGGGCACUGGGGCAGGUGCUCAGGAGCAACUGGCAGGCCCAGUCUAUUGCACCCUUGGGUUGGUGUUGGCCAGUGCCCAGCGCAGCCCUCUGGCUCUCCAGCUGGGGCAGGUGACGGUCACGGUACGCUCAGGCUCCCUCCCAGUGUCCCAAGGGAGCCGGCUUUGAAGGGGCAGCCAGGGUCCUCCUCCUCCUCUCCUCCUCCAAGUGUGGCCAGAGAGAGCCUCUCCCCUCGGCCCAAGGCCCUUUGGAGGCUGCACCUACUUUCCUUCCCUGGCAAUCCUGGCCAAUGUCCAGUGCAGUGGAGACCCUGGCCUGGCAUGGCGCUGCCCCUGAGAAGGGUCUCCAGGAAGGUCCCCUUACCUUGCCUCCUGACCUGCUUGGAGAACUGGAGCUCUCCGUAGGAGUUUGGUCUAUCUGUGCUUUCUCUCUCUGUCUAUUUAAUCAAUCCAUCACUUAUGCCUUCCUUUUCUCCUGAAGUUGGGAAUCAUCUUACCAGGUGAAAACAAAGACAGGUAAAAAUGUAUAUGUAUGAUAGCUAAACAGGUACAAAAGUUAUGAUUACAGUACAGAGGGCCCUUGGUAUCUACAAAAUCCGUGGACGCUUGAGUCCCAUUAGAUGCAAUGGCAGGAUAACAUGGAAUCCCUUAUACAAAAUGGCAAAAUCAAGGUUUGCAAUAGCAGUAGCUCUUUACAGCCCUAUCAGUGAACUCAGCACCUCUAACCAGCCUAGUUUACCAUCUGCCAGCCAACGGCCCCCAACAAGCCGGGGGCUCCUUUGGCCGACCGGCGAAAGGGCGGACGGCUGAGUGGACCUUGGAGCCCUGCCUGGGAUCGAACUCACAGCUUUGGGGCUGCGCUCUUGGCAUUUAACCCCUGCACCAACUUUUUGGAAUUUCUAUAUUUUUAAAAUACUUUCAAGCCAUGGAUGCUUGAAUAUGUGGAUUAAAAAUCCAUGGAUAAAGAGGGCUGAGCCUAGUAUUAAUCUGUCUGUGGAAUUAAAACAGGUUAAAAGGUAAGUUUAAAAGCAGAGUUGAAGCAGUAGAGCUCCUUUGCAUACAUUUCGCUGCAAGCUUUUUAAAAUCCCUCAGGUCUGGUUUUACGGUUGGCAGGUUGGCUUCGUCUGUUUGCAGCCCGGCGUCUUUUAAAUUCUGUGUGUUGGAUUUUUAAAAAACACUAUUUUCUGUUUUAAUCAGAUUAUUUUAAUAGUUUUUUUAAAGUAUUGUUUCAAUGUGGUGUUAUAUCUAUAUCUAUAUCUAUAUCUAUAUAUCUCUCUCUAUAUAUAUGUGGGAUAAAAUCCUUGACAUGGAAACAAAUAAUGUAUAUGUAAUGUGUGUAUCUAUAUCUAUCUAUCUAUCUAUUUAUCUAUCUAUCUAUCUAUCUAUCUACACACACACACACAAACGGUAUUUGUUUCCAUGCCAAGGAUGCCUGGUCCUGCUGCAGAGGCGCCCCUCUUUUAGGGGGGAUCCUCGUUGGGCGGCUGGAGAAGUACACAAAGUACUGUACACGCUGCCUUUGUGCCCUUUCCUCCCUCCUUGCAUUGCUUUAAUCCGUCUGCAAAGCCACCUUCAGCCUGUGCCAAGAGAGAGAGAGAAAGGCAGGUUGCAAAGGGGAUAAAGGCAAUGAAGAGGCCAGGAGAGAGAGGCCAGGGAUGGAGAGGAGGAGGAGGAGGAGGAGGCCCUGCUUGGCUGCCUGCAGAGGGAGGGGUCCUUUGCCCCCCCCCCCGUCCAACAUUUCCGCCUUCUUUUUGGGAGGAAUUCCAAAACAUCCGCCAUCUUUGUAUUUUAAACUAUUUGUUUUACUAUUGCAAUAAUUUAGUUCCUUUUUAAAGGACUUUUCCCUAUGUUUUUAAUGUCGUGAAGCCGCUCUGGGUCCCAGUUCUGGGAAAAGAGCGGGAUGCAAAGAGCCAUCCUCCUCCUCCUCCUCGUCUUGAACGGGGCAAAGAAGCGCACAUUUAUAUUGGAGUGUUUUUAGCUUUUAUUUGAUAAUGCCCUACAUCUUUUUGGGACGCCCUGCAUUUUGGGGUGCCUUGUCCCCCUUUGUGCUGAGGUCCUGGCCACCCUCUUCGUCCCCUUCCUUCCUCCGUCCGGCCAUCUCUCCCUCCAGUCCUGGACUGGAAAACCCCGAAGCCCAAGGGCUGACCCCAAACCCACUCCUUGGGCCGAGGGGCGUGAGGGGCGUCGUGGCGCAGGGCCUCGUGGACCGCUUUAGGGUCUCCUCCCGGCAGCCACUGUGUUUCAAUGCAAAGCCUCAAGUGCCCCGUGUCUUCUUGCCGCUUCGGCCAUUUGGAAAGGGCUCUGGGUUGUUUCCUUCUGGAGGAAAAAUAACUCAGGGCAGUUGUGUACAAUAUCAGAGGCUGACCCUUUGACAUGGGACAGUACCCAUAUUUCCAGACUGUCCCAUUGGUACAAUAUGAACAAUAUGGCUUGAAGAUCCCUGUAUAAACUGGCUGCCAAAACCAAGCCAAGCCAAAGAUUGUGUCCCGGAGUGUGAGAAGUCAUAGGAUGAACUGCUGAAAGACCAACAUUUGCUGCCUAAGAUUGCUUCGUCUGAGAAAUAUUCGUGGGGCGGUUGUUUUGGGAUCCAGUCCUUCUCUACAUGGACCUAACGUUUUGCAUGAGUUCUGUCACGGAAGAAUAAUUAUUAGCUCACUAUGUUCACUCAUGAAACUUGUCAUCAUCUUGUUUUUUUAAUGCAUAGGGAAUAUCCCAUAACCCAGACCCGCUUCUGCUCUCUCUGUUAUGCCCCAUGUUUGUCUCAAGGAGACAGGGCCAGCCUAGUUACUACAAGAACUCCCAAAAUCCACCAGAGAGGGAUGGCUUUGGGUUUUUGCGGGUUCUGGAGAUGCCAGCCUCAGAUGCUGGCAAAACACCAGGAAGAAACUCUCCUAGAGCAUGGCAUUCACAGAGCCCCCCAAAAAACCAUGGAUGCCGGCCAUGAACGCCUUUGCCUUCACAGUGAUACCUUUAUUGGCCAACCAAAAUGCAUGCUCACAAAGCCCUACUGGCUUCUUUGUCAAGCAAAGAUCUUUAGACCGGUACAGGAUUUCUAUGGGGCUUUUCCUCCUGUCUGAUCUGAGAUGAGGAAGGAGCCAGCGGACCUUUGAACGCUUGCAGUGUGCACUUGGUGAAUGUUGGUUGCUCCAAGGAAGCUAUCACUCUCUGCUGCAUGGCCAACCCCAGCUCCCCCGGAUAGGUCUUUUGGGGCG